UACAGCUAAUCUGCAGUGCAGUCUGGGAGCUGUCAAUCGUCUCGUUUUUGUAUCUUUGGCACUGGACGCUACUGAUGCGCUCAUCACUGUUUAUGUACACAGUGCGGGUCAAUACAAAGAGGAAAUAAGAAUAUUUAGAAAAUAACAAGCCAUUGUCUGCCUCCAGAACCUUCUUGUCAAGGGACCUGACUUACAUGAACGGCUGACAUCGGAGCCCACCAGGCCCUGCAUCUCUUUCAUUUAAACAACCUGCUACAAACCACAGCUAGCCUGCUAGUCAUAUUAUUGACGUUGUCAAUCAUUUUCACUCGGCGAACCGGGCUCGUGAUUGAAUGACAGUUUCUGGCCUUUGUCCCAUAACGUGCAGCUGUGAUGUAUCGAUGUGUGCCUGGAGUUGUACAUUAGCGUAAUAACCACCCAGGAGGAUGAAUGCAGAGGAAGUGGAGCUGCUCAGUGACUCCAAGUACAGGAACUAUGUGGCAGCAGUGGACAAAGCCCUCAAGAACUUUGAGUACUCCAGUGAGUGGGCCGACCUCAUCUCUGCACUGGGCAAACUCAACAAGGUUUUGCAGAACAAUGCGAAAUACCAAGUGGUUCCCAAGAAGCUGACGAUAGGCAAGCGGCUGGCCCAAUGCCUCCACCCCGCCCUGCCGAGCGGGGUCCACCGCAAGGCUCUGGAGACCUACGAGAUCAUCUUCAAGAUCAUCGGACCCAAGAGGCUGGCCAAAGACCUGUUUCUCUACAGCUCGGGGCUCUUCCCGCUCCUCUCCAACGCUGCGAUGUCCGUGAAGCCGGUGCUGCUGGGGCUCUAUGAGACCUACUACCUGCCCCUGGGGAAGACUCUGAAGCCGGGCCUACAGGGCCUCCUGACCGGGGUCCUGCCGGGUCUGGAGGAGGGCUCAGAGUAUUACGACAGAACCAACACGCUGUUGGAGAAGGUGGCUGCAGCGGUGGAGCAGUCGGCCUUCUACAGUGCCUUGUGGGGCAGCAUCCUGACCAGCCCCGCGGUGCGCCUCCCCGGGGUGUCCUUCGUUCUGCUGCACCUCAACCGCAAGCUCUCCAUGGAGGACCAGCUCUACGUCAUCGGCAGUGACAUCGAGCUCAUGGUGGAGGCGGUCAGUACCUCAGUCCAGGACUCCAGUGUGUUGGUGCAGAGGAGCACCCUGGACCUCAUCCUCUUCUGUUUCCCCUUCCACAUGAGCCAGGCGACUCGCCCUGACAUGAUCCGGAUCCUGUCUGCAGCUUUGCAUGUGGUUUUAAGAAGAGACAUGUCCCUCAACCGCAGACUCUACGCCUGGCUGUUGGGCUUUGAAAACAACGGUGUGAGAACAGGCCCCCGCAGCACUCGGCAGAGCAACCCAGAGGAGCACGCCAGCCAAUACUUCAACUCCUUCUCUAAAGACAUGCUGGUCCAG